AUGUCUGAUCAAGCCAAUGAAGAAUGUAGUGUUUCCGUUCCGAUAGCACCUGAAAGACAUACGGGUAAGGUGCAGUUUUUGAGGUUGGAGCAUGGCUACAUUCGAAUAAAGAAUAAAAUCAACGGAGUACGUGAUGUUACCUUCUACUAUUCCGAUUUGACUGAAGAGCUGAAGGAAACACUGGUUCUGGGAUCUAUUGUUUCUUUUUCUAUUGCGGUCGAUGAAAAUGGAAAGUUCUGUGCUACUGACAUUGAAAUCGAGAAGAAUCAGGCCGAGUAUUCGCCCCCCAUUCGAUCUACCCCUUCGUCGAACUCUAUCCCAUCACUGGAGUCUAGUUCAGAUGACGACUAUCUCGAAAGUGCAGGUAGUUCUCGGAAAAACUCCUUUUCUCUGACUGUGAGAACUCCUGCAACGAUGCAGCAGUAUCUUCAGCAGUACGCUACUAAACCCUCUGAAUCGAAGUGUUCGAUCAAUGACAGGGAUUCUUUAUCCAAGAGUGUAGACCACUUUUUGGAAUUGGUGUUGUCGAGAAGGUUCGACGACAGUUUUAACUCUUGUUGGCUGAUUUAGCCAUUUGUCUAGUUCGUAAUUAAUACCAAUGAUUCAUAAUAAUCCUUGAAGAUUAUU